AUGUACAGAAGGGCUACAGGGUUUGCGGGUAAGAUUUGUUUCAUUUCUAGACUAGGUCAAGACAAAUUAAUUUACCUGACACAUCCACAUGAUAUAAUACGGCCUGCUCUACUGUACAAGAAGCCUGCCACUGCCAGCAUGUCACUGUUUGAGACUGAAGGACCCCUCGUGCUGGACCUGAGCUGCCCUAUCUGCCUGCAACUCUUCUCCGACCCUGUGUCCCUGCCCUGCGGCCACGUCUACUGCUCAGCCUGCCUUGUGAAGUACAUGGACACUGACACGGCCCACCACUGCUGUCCCGAAUGCCAGGUUGAGUACCAGGGCCCCCAGGCCCUUGUGAAGAACUUCAAGAUGUGCAGCAUCAUCGAGAGCUAUAAAGCCACCACAACAGGAAAGGUCAGAUCCGUCACAGAUGGAGAUGGUGGUGAUUGCCACCAGGGGGUAUUGUCUACUAACCAGAGAAAUUAUGGUAAGACCUCUGAAUGUCUAUUAGACAUAGAGCAACAGGAGUUACAACACACAGGCUUGGCAGAUGCAGCUGCAGCGCCCCCUACUUCUCUGAAAAACCAACUGACCAAGAUGGAGAAGGCGAUAAUGGACAAGUCUAAACUUCUAUUAGCGUCUCAGGUAACGGAGUUAACGGUGAGGCUGCAGAUGGCUGAGGACCAGCUGAGGAGGGAGGAGGAGAGGGAGGUCGAGAUCAGGGCCGCCAAUGCCCUUCUGAGAGGAAAGGCAGCCAAGCUGCUGGAGCGGAUGACUGAGCUGACGAUCAACUACGUUACUGGGAUGACAGAGUUGAUUGAAGAGGAACUGCGCCCCACCGAGGAGAGCCUAGGCACCCGAGUACACCAAGUCUCCGAGAUCCGAGAGAAGUUGAGGGAGGCCCAGCUCCGAGCCAAAUCUCUCCUGACCGAGGAAGACAGUGGGGUGUUCAGUGAGGGGCUUCAGGAGGCACAACCGCGCAUCAUGGAGCUCAUGGCCCAGCAACCUCUAGAGGAGCUGGACCACGACAACACCAGUCCUGAGUCGAAAGUUAACCCAGGCCGUGCUUGCGACGAGCUGGAACGGAGGAGCGCAGAGCUGAGAGAGGGACUCGGGACGGCCCAGCGUUCCCUACGCCACGCCCUCAACCCCUCAGAGGUGACCUUUGACCUGGACACUGCCCACCCCAGCUUGGUGCUGUCGGAGGACCUGAAGACGGUGACCUUCAGCACCAAAAAGCAACCUUACCCGGCCCUGCCAACAAGGUUUAGCAACUUCCUCCAGGUGCUGAGCACCCAGAGCUUCUACGGAGGCGAGCAUCGCUGGGAGGUGGAGCUGGACGGAUCUUCUCCCUGGAUCAUAGGGGUGUGCUACAGCGGGGCGCUAGCACGCAGCGGGCUAGCGAGUGCCCUAGAGAGUAGCCGUGGCUCCUGGUGCCUGAUGUGGUUCGAUAACCUGCUCAGGUCCUUUGAGCAGGGCCAUGAUGUCCCAUUGAAGAGAACCCCGGCAGUACAUAGACUGGAGAUCACACUGAGUUUUAAGACUCAGAGGUUGAGCUUCUAUAACGUCAGCCAGUGCAGUGGGAAGACUCACGUGUACACCUUUAAGGCGAACCUCACGGAGCCGGUGCAUCUGGCUUAUAGGAUGAUGUCAGGCCAACCGAAGGCACGCAUAACAGUAUGCUCUUGAACGGUCACUGGUACAAAAGAGAACCAUGCAACAUGCAAGAUUACAUACUUUUGUUUUUAUUAAUCCUGUAUUAAUACCAAACUUUUCUUAUUUACAUUUAAUGUUGUUCAUGGUUGUAUAGACAUCGUUGUUUUGGUCUGUUAAUAGCAGUAGGGGAGAGUGGGGUAAGUUGAGCCACCCCUUCUUUCUAGGAAACCAUACACAAAAUGUAUAAUAGGUUGUCAUUUAAUGGAGUCUAGAAACCACAUGGAAACCACAUGGGAAAAGUAGUAAGCAAGCUGGUCCAGAAAACUUUUCACAAAGUCAAAUAAAUCUUUUGUCUUA